AUGAACUUAGAAUCUUUUUCUAAUGAAUUACUUCUGGAUCUAUUUGAAUAUGUUCCACCUGUUUCACUUCUUCGAGCAUUUUAUAAUCUUAAUGUUCGCUUCAAUAAUCUUAUAUUGAUUCAUUUUCAAUCAUUUAAUCUUAAUUGUCGAUCGGUAUCUCAACGCGAUUUCAAUCUUAUUUGUCAAGAAUAUCUUCCAAGUAUAGCCGAUUACAUUGUUUCCUUAAGCCUUUCCAAUGGCGACGAUACUCCAGAACAAAUCGAACUUUUUCUUCAACAUGGUUUAACUCUAUAUCAAUUCAUUCAUUUAAAAUCUCUUUCAAUAUGUGAUCUUUGUUCUCGUGAGAUAAUGAAUACGUUAAUGGUUCAAUGGAUUCGCCUAGAAAAUUUAACACAUUUAACUCUUGCUGGUUGUUAUGUUAAAUUCGAUCAGAUCAAUGCUCAACGGUUAAUCGAUAGUAUUUGGAGUUUAUCGAAGUUGAUUUAUUGUUAUUUAAAUCUAAAUUUUGGUGAAAAUAAUAUUUUUAUACCAACAGUUAUGUCUUCAUCGUUGAAAUAUCUAUUUAUUUGGGGCAGUGAACAUUGUCAAAAUGAAAUCAGUGCUUUAAUUAAACAAACACCUUGUCUACGACAUUUUUCUGUUCUACUCAACAUUGAUUCGAAUAAUGAUAAUGAUGUACAAGAACCAUUUUUGUCAAUUACUCAGUUAGAUAUUUGCAUAUCUCGAAUAGAUGAAAAUAGAAUAACGAAAUUCUUACAAAAUAUGCCAAAUUUAUAUAGAAUGACUGUAGACAUGUCCAGUCUGGAUGAUGAUAAUGCAAAUACAAUUCUAAAUGGUUAUCAAUGGGAGAAUAUUAUUCAUAAAAAUCUAUCGAAUCUUCGAAUAUUUCGAUUUAAAAUGGAAUUUCGAAUUGUUAAUGAAAACAAUCGUGAAGAGAAAAUCAAUGAGUUAAUCAAUUCAUUUCGAAGUCCAUUUUGGCUUGAGAAACAUAAAUGGUUUAUUCGAUGUCAUUGGAAUCCAACCAAUACUUCAAGUUUUAUUUAUUUUUACACAUUACCAUAUAGUUACAGUUAUUUUAAUUUUGAUCAUUCAAUGAUCGUUAAAUCAACUUCUCCUAAUGAAAAUAUGUUUAUACAUUACAAUUGUGUACAUAAUCUUACAUAUGAAAGUUUGUCGAAUGAAGACAUUGUUUCAUCACCAAUUCAAUUUGCCAAUCUUCAAAGUUUAUCUUUGAAACUUCCUAUAGAUGGUUAUUUAUAUUCGAUGAUACAGAAGUUUGAUCAAUUAAAGUCUCUUAGUGUCCAAUUAAAUGAUGAUGAUACUAAUAUUUCAUAUCAAUUUCAAUUUUUUCUUGAUAAUAUACCAAAUCUGCAUUCAUUACGUUAUAGUUCAUGUUCAGCACACUUCCCGGACAUGUCCUUUUUCGAGUUUCAACAUUCAUCAAUCCAUCAUCUAGAUUUACGAGGAUACAAUCAAUAUUUUACUGAUGAACAAUGUAUCAUGUUGACUCAUUCGUUAUUGGCUAUUCAAUGUGAAAUUCUCUUCAUUAGAAUUCAAAAUCAUCGAAUGAUAUUUUAUCUUUUACAUAAUAUGAUUAAUCUUCGCACGCUGAAUGUUCAAUGUGAAGAUGCUAAUUUCGAUGAAACCAGAGAAGAUAAAUUUAUUGUUUGGUUAAAAGAACAUUUGCCAUCGACAUAUAUUGUUAGCAGAGAUAUGGUUUUUCAAGGUGAUAUUCGAAUAUGGAUUCGUUAA